GCAGCAAUGGAUGCCCAGGGUGAACAAGCUUGGAACGUCUUUUUAGCCUCCAGACUUGUCGCGUCAGGCCAGUCGCCCCCAACAAAUAACGCUCAUAUCCACUUCCUCGACGUCGAAAUCGAACGGUCCCACCGCCUUACUAGUUCUCUAAUUGCAAACAGAAAUGCCCUAGUACCUAUUAUCCGCGUUCCAUCCGAAAUUUUAGCCCACAUAUUCGAAAUAAUCAUCACCGCCGACUGGGAUGACUUCGCCGAUAUCGAAGAUUCUGAUGAAGCCGACGCGCUCUACCCAUCGCUACCUAGAUUUCGGCAGCCAUUUGUCGUGCUUGUGACCGCUACACACGUAUGUCGUCGCUUCCGCGAUGUUGCGCUCGAUACUCCAUCAUUGUGGCGAAACAUUAUCUGGGAGAGAUCGAAUUGGGCCCAGGAGAUGCUUCUCCGUGUGAAGCAGACCGCACUCGACAUUCGUGCGAUCGACGUGGACCCAGAUGCGACGGGCUUACACAGCUUUCCUACGGACCAAUCUACGACCAUCGCAAGGACCGCGCUACCAUACUUGGCUCGUGCGCGGUCACUUUGCCUUGAGGGACCUGCGCCGGAGACAUCUGUCUUGGUCGAGCUUCUCUCUAGGCCAGCGCCAUUAUUGGAGUCGGCUAGACUGGAGUAUCAAUACUUUGGAGGAAAUGAGCAGGAACCGUCGGGUCAACAAAUUUAUCCCGACAUUUUGUUUGGGAAGCACGCCCCACGUCUUCGGCAUCUCUCGCUCUGCGGAGAUAUUCAGCCCUCCUUGUGGUCUUCUCCUAUCAUGUCGGGACUGAAAUCGUUGACAAUGAUGGCAGCACCACACGAGUCUAUUCACCUCCGUGAGCGGGCUUGCAUACCUCCGUCUCUCCAUGAACUGAUGCAGGCCCUCGAGCGUAUGCAACAGCUGUGGAGUCUGACUGUUCACCAAUGGUACCUCCCUCUCCUACCUCAAGGAGUUCAAGCGUUGCCCGAAGUCACCCAAAUCAUUCAUCUUCCUCAACUCAAGCACCUAUCCCUCAUCGCACCGUUCGCAGAUUGUCUCAAUCUAUCACAACGUCUCACCAUCCAUCCCAACGCUUCGCUUUCAUAUGGUCUAGCCAACCGUGGAAUGCCCAUGACACAUCUGGCUGAUACUUCCACCGGAGAUAUGUUCACCUCUCUUCUCAAACCAUGCUCUAUAACUCCCUCGACGUUCACACAUCUCACACUAUCCUGCAAAUCCAAACAAGGUUACACACUACAAGGCUGGGACGAAGUCUCUGGCCCUCCCCGUUCACCUUCUCUCACCAUUAGUUCUGAUCCACAGCCGGAUCCCUACAUCACCGUCAAGCCCCGUCUUAACCUCGACAUCGUCGGCAAGAAUGAAGUCAUCUACCCCAAUCUCCUCCCUUCCGUACUCCAAACCUAUCGUUUCCCCGCCAUCCGCACGUUCACUUGCGCGCUCUGUCGACCUCUCGACGCUCCUUUGGAAGUGCGGCGUCUCUUCCUUCCUCUCAAAACAGUCGAAGAGGUUAUUGUAGACGGCCACUCCCAGCCUUUCAAAGAACCUAAACUGUCAUCUCCUCUCCUACACGCCUUGGCCGAUGGUUCCACCGAUCUCAUCAACGACAACGACGACGUCCUUUUCCCAAAAAUGCGCACCCUCUCACUCGUAGAAUUUUCCUUCCUUAAGGCCGACGGCCCGACUUUCGAACACGAAGUUGUUGACGUCCUCAGGCGCAUCAUCGGUCGCAAACGAGCUUCCGUUACGCUUCAGAGCCUACACAUCGAGAAUUGCGAGAUAACGGAGGGACAGGUCGAUGUGCUCAGACCGCUCAUUCCGGAUUUCAGAUGGGAUGGAAAGGUGGAAAAGCGGCGGUGGGAAUGGACCCGAAUCAAUUUUUGA